AUGGAAGGUCGAACCAAGUCCCCAGGUCGGACGUUGCUCACCGCCUUGCCCUUCUCGGCCGAGAUUAUGGCAUACAAGAUACCCGGCGACUUUAAGUUCCCGGAACAGGCCACCUUCGACGGAUCCGGCGACCCGCGCGAACAUCUUUUGAGUUACCAAGCCAAAAUGCAAGUGCUGGGGGUUCGGGAUCCCGUCAUGUGUCGCGCUUUCCUGCCAACGCUAAAGGGCUUGGCGCAAAGAUGGCUCAUGGCCUUGCCCCCAGGCUCAAUUCGCAGCUUCGAAGAGUUGGCCGAUCGUUUCAUGAGUCAUUAUGCGGCUAACGUCAAACCGCAAAAAGAUUUAACAUAUCUGGGAGAUAUUCGUCAAGAGGAGGGCGAAUCUCUCAAAACUUACCUGGCCCGAUGGCAAAAAGAGAUUCAGUCCAUCGAAGAGGUAGAGGACCAGACUGCCCUCACCUUCUUCAUCGAGUCGCUGCGAUCCGGCCAACUUUAUCGCGACCUUCGGGACAACCGGCCCGCCACCUAUGCGGAGGCUAUUCACCUUGCCAACAAGCGAGCCAAUACGGAACAAGCCGUAAAACAUAAACGACAACGUGAAGUCGGAGGAUCCUCCGGGGGGAAACAACCCCGGGCGGAGGUACGGGAAAGACGUCCAGAUCCAGCCCAGCGCACAUACGAUAGGCCUAGCAUCCAGCCUUAUAGGCCGACCCCACAGCACCCGGUGCACGAGGUGCAAGCGGUCGCGCCGCCUCCGCCUCCUCCGACCAAGGAGCGUGCAGUGAAUGAAGACACGGGUAAGACGUCUAUGUAUUGUCGUUACCACAAGUCAUACACCCACAACUCGGAAGAAUGUUAUUACUUGAAAAAGAUUAUGGAGGGGAUCAUCCAGCAAGGGACGCCGCCUCCCAAUCAGUGGCGAAGGAGAUCUGCGACCCGGGAGGACAACGACCCCUCGGAGGCGGUCGAAGGCAACCGCGGUAAGCAGCCGGAGACCGAUGAAGGUGAAGCCCAGUGGAGACAAAAGCCGGUUAUCAACAUGAUAGUUGGCGAACCUGAAGGAGGCGACUCUGCCAACACUCGAAAGGCUUGGGCUCGGCAGUUGUACGUAGGGACCGUGUAUGGGCGAGAAGGCGGCUCGAAGAAGGUAUGCCGAGAGCCUAUCGUCUUUACAGACAAAGACUCGCCUACGGGAGAAACUUCGCAUCGCGACGCCCUAGUCAUUGUUAUGGAUGUAAACAGAGUGGUCGUCCGGCGAAUCCUGGUAGACACGGGGAGCAGCGUCAAUAUCCUAUACCUCGAGACUUUCACCAAAAUGGGAUUGGCACGAGAACAACUGGCCUCAGUCAAGACGCCACUAGCCAGUUUCACAGGCGACUCCGAGGAAGCUGAGGGAUCCAUUAUUCUACCCGUCGAGGUUGGUACCUAUCCUGAUGUGCAGAAGCUAGACAUGAAAUUCAUUGUGGUCGAUGUGGCAUGCUCCCACAAUGCAAUCCUCGCCCGACCUGGUUUGGAAGAUCUGGGAGCUUUGAUCUCCGUCGAGUAUCUCUGCUUAAAAUUCCGCACACCGAGCGGAGUAGGUACAGUGCGUUGUGAUAGGAGGGCCGCCCGCGACUGCUACCUGCAAGCUUGCAGGGGUAUGGGCAAACGGGAGAUGCAAGUUCAUGAGAUCACAAAGCGACCCCUGAAGAAGACGAUGCCGCCUCGUCCCGAGCCGGCCGUGGAGCUGGAGGAAGUUGAGAUUGAUCCUGAGCGACCGGAAAGACGAGUGAGGAUCGGAGUCGGCCUCCGAGAGGAGGUGCGAGAAGAGGUCAUAAGAGUGCUUCGAGAAAACCAGUUGGUCUUCGCGUGGGGACCCGAAGUUAUGCCCGGAGUAGACAGGUCUAUCAUCUCUCACCAGCUCGCCGUCGACCUUGGUCAUCGACCUUUGAUCCAGAAGAAGCGAUGCCUGGCUAACAAUCGAAGAGAGUUCGUAAAAAAGGAAGUAAAUAUGUUGUUGGCCGCUAGCCAUAUCUGGGAAGUCACGUAUCUGGAAUGGUUAGCUAAUGUGGUACUCGUGCCAAAACCACCAGCCUGGCGGAUGUGUGUAGAUUACACCGACCUUAACAAAGCCUGCCCAAAGGACCCUUUUCCUUUGCCCAAGAUUGACCAGUUGGUCGACGAGACGGCAGGGUCAGCGUUACUGAGUUUCAUGGAUGCCUUCCAAGGGUAUCACCAAAUUUACAUGCACAAGGCCGAUGAGGAGAAUACGGCAUUCCUAACCCCAGAUGGCGUGUAA